CCGCGACCGUUAGUCCAGUCACCGAGUUAAGUGAACCGUCAAAGAAUUGCACGGAAAUGGCUACAUCUGUGUAUUAUUCAAAAAGUGGCUAUAUUUGUCAAAACCGUGAAAGUUAUGGCUACACAGGUGAAUUAAACCUAAAUGUUAUUUACCAUAUUUUAUCAAUAUCUACCACUAGUUACCACCCUAUACCAUGGUGGUACCGAGUGAUAUAUUUGGUCCUGAAUUUUUUUCCCUCAUAAAUUUGGAAUCCAAUAGAUCACCAUGAACUCGGUCUUUUGAGCAAAAUUUUACAAAAUUCAAGUUAUAACAAAGGUGAUACCAAAAUUGUAAAAAGAGGUAUGAAUUUUUUUCCCCAAAAUAUAUUAAGAAUCGAUGUAGAUUACAACAAACUCAUUCUAUUUGUGCAAAUAGUGAAAAUCAGGUCUCCGGUACGGGAUAUUUUGGAAUGCUUUUAUUCUCUACAAACGAAGUGGCUGUAGUUUAGUGGUUAGAAUAUCACGUUGUGGCCGUGAUGACCUGGGCUCGAAUCCCAGCAGCCACAUUUCUAUUUUUUUCCCAUUUAUUGAUGUUGUCCUCUUCAACCGCAUAAUCUUUUCCCUCUCUUCACCAAUCAGCCCUCUGUAUUAUUUCUUCAUUCCCCCUUCUGCUGCAAGGCUCCUUCUGAUAAAGGUAAAUCCUCUCUCUUCUCCUUCUCUCAUUUUCGCCCUCACAUUUUCUGCAUAGUUCAUCUCCAAUUUGAGUUCCUGAAAGAUGAAUUACCAACACCACCAUGAAAAUCACAGCUGAAACUUCAUUGUAGAAUCUCAAACCAGAAAUCAUUGUCUCCCCAGUCGGAGUUUGAUAUCAAGCCAUGUUUUAGGUUCACAAAGUUGCAUUUCGCCUUUUUCCACAGCGUUUCAGUGAUGAUUUCCUCACUGACUUCAAUGUUUCAGUCCUUAAAACUUGCAACAUUGAUGUCCAACCGCAGAUUUGUAGAUAACUUGGGUAGUUUUCUACCUAGGAUUUUCGCGGUCAUUCCUGAACUCGUCCAUGGAGGGGUUUAGGGUUUUACUUUUCCCCCUUUGCAUUGCAUACUAGCUGAAACAAAUGCUUGACAUCGCUUUGCCUGUACGCUUAAUGCUCCUUUGUUUUUGGUUUCUAUAGUACCAUGCUGUUCAUGUUUGAUUGUUAAACAAAUUAAUCACAUCUCCAAGGGAGAUCGUUUCACUGCAUGUAGAAACAGAGGCUGAAACUACUGAAGGUGCCAUGGAAGUGGACGAAAGCUUGCUGCAGACUGCUGCUGAAGACAUACUAGAGGAGUAUUUCCCCAGGCCCAGAAUCACAAAACCACCUUCUCAGAUUCCCCAAAUCGACCGAUUGAAGAAGCAGGUUAGAGAUUUGGAUGGUUUCCAAAUGUGGAGCAAGAGUGUCAACCGUGAUUCGGGCAGUUUGUCCCUUCAUGCUAUACCAGGUGAUGAUGGUUGCUGUCACUGCCAGGAUGUUGGGAUGACAGAUGAGCAGACUAAAGCUUUUCUAAAUUCAAGAUUGAAACGAGGCAAAGGCAACAUUGGAUCGCAGGAGGGGGCUCAUCAUUGUUCAUGCUAUGGUGUUGGAAUAUUGGGUUCAAGGGGUAGACCAGAUGUAUGGUCGAGGCUAAAUGUAGAGAGAUGCCAUUCUAAGCCAGUUGCUGAAGUGAAGCCAUGGUUGAAUCUUUCAGAUCCUGUGGUAGCAUGGAUGAAUGGUGUUUAUGGACUCAAGAAGAGGGAAUCACAGUAGCUGAUACUACUUAUGACUUAUGAGCGUGUGUUUUACUGAAUCAUUGUGGAUAUCAGGUAUAUGUAUGUAUAGGUUUCGUUAGAUGUUGCUGAUCUUAUGAAUUUAGAACAUCAUUAUGGAUAUCUGAAAGGUGUAUAUAUUGUGCUUCAUGUAUAGAGAUUAGGAAGGUGUUCUGCCGUGAUCUGCCUAUGAAAUUCAACGACUAGUUAAUGAUUGUCGAGAUAAACAUUCAGAAAAAAG